CCACCACAACCACCACAGCCACAACCACAACCACAACCACAACUACACCCACACUGACGACUACGACCUGCAGCAACACCCAAAACCCAGCAGAAAAAUGUCGUCGUUUUUUUCUCGCUUCGGAGCGAGAAAUAAAUCGAGACUCACCAUCGCUAUCGAUGUCGAAGAGCCCGUGUCGUCGCCGAAGCUGAACAACACCACCACCAACAAGAGCGACAGCAGUAACAGCAGUAGCAACAGCGUUAGCACCGCCACCCACCGCUACACACGACAUAACUCGGUGCCUAACACACCCUCAACCAUCGUGCCAGCCGCGAAACUCUCGGUUCCGAUCGUCGACCCAUUACCACCGCCAAGCGCUUUUCGAACGAUAGAGCAAUUCCCGCUCUGCGUCGCAUACGUCCAAGCCAUCAAAACAUCGUCGCUGCCGGCAUGCACGCUUUCGUCCGAAAAGAUCCUGCGACAGCAGGAAGUCGAGAAGGCCGGCGGCGGCUCGAGACGCGGUCGCGCGAUUCACCGUCAUCACGUCUCGACGAAAUCGGCGGAUCUGGACUGGACGAAGAAGUUGUAUGUGCUGGUGCCAGGAAUUCUGCUGCAGUACUCAGGCGAAGGGAUGGAUGAUCGGCUGCCCGAGAAGGUGCUGCAGUUGACGGCGAGCUCACUGGCAUUCGCGAGCGAUGCGAUUCCAGGAAGACCGUGGGUGCUCCAGGUUUAUAGCAGUGCCGGAGAGGAUGGAAGCGGUGCGCUGGUUCCAGAGAAGAGGAAUGCGUUCAUCGCCAAAGUCACGUUCUGGGGGUCCAUGCGCAAUUGCGUUUCGGCCAUCCUCCUGGUGUUUGAGUCGGCGGAGGAUAUGGAUGGGUGGAUGGGCGCGCUGAGGAUGGAGGCGGCGAGGCUGGGAGGGAAGCCCUUGGUCAAGAAGGACAAGCCACUGCCGAAGAUACCCAGGACGUCGGUGGAUUUGGAGAUCGCGGCGGUUGAGCAGGAGGUUGAAGUUGAGGCCGAGAAGGAGGCUGAGGAAUUCGAUACGAGGUUCUCGAGGCGAAUCGUCAUCAACCGCGACGACAGCUCCAAGACCGAGUGGUCGUCUUCAGACGAGAAUGCGUCGAAGCGCGCGUCGACCUGUCGCAACUCGACGGACGCGGAGAGAUCAAUCAUCUCGCACGAUCAGAUCGUGCUGGAUCAGCUGCGCGGUUCGCGUUUGUCGCUACACUCUGGUGGAGACACCACGCGCGUCAUGACUGUGCAAAUGUCGCCGGACACUUCGCCCGAACGAUACUCGACGAAGAGCAGUCGGAAUUCCUACAAGAGACGGUCGCAGGCAGUGUCGACGCAAUCGCGGUCAUCGAUCGAACUGCGGCUGCCCCCGCAUGGUCUCAGCGCUAUCGAUAAGGACGGGAACCUCUACUGGAUCCCGCGCACGCCCUCACCGAGCAACAAAUUCGCGCUGCCGAGUUACCGGACACCGCGGACUUCGGCGAUCCUUCCCGUCCCUGCGGUUCCCAGUGCGUCGCGACCGUUGACCACCGUCAUCUCGUCCGAGCAGCUCGAGGAGUCGCAGACACCACGCGCAAGGCGUCCGCGUCCAGUGUCGAUACAGACGAUGUCGCCGUACCAAACCGCGUCACCGAAAUCGACGCCGUCACCUUCGACAAAACCGCGACCCGUAUCCAUGCUCGACUCUCCGUCGAAAUCCAACUACCACUACCGCACGCCAAAGUCGACGUCCGAGCUCCGCACGCCAAAGUCCUCGUCGGAACUGCUCACCACCGUCUCGGCACCCUCACCCGCCACGCAGCUACCAACGGUCUCGACACUCUCCCCGGUCACCAUCUCUCCCCGCCGCGUAAGCGCCGCAGCGGGUCUGCCGGGUCACCCGCCCCCAAUCACCAUCCCUUAUCGCUCGCGCUCCCUCCGCCGCCGCAGUCUGGGUGCCCUGGAGAACGAGCUCGCCCGCGGCGCGCCAAAGCAUCCUCCACCGAGCAUGCCACUGCCCAAGGUUCCUUCGCCGGUCGUCGAAAGCCUCGAUGUCCCCGUCGUAACCCGACUAUCGCAGAGUGUACCCCGCAGCACGGGUGGCAACUGGGGUGCAAUGGAGAAGCGUCGACGGCGGAGUCGGCAGCAACAGACGGGACUGGGCCUGGGAAUAUCAUUGGGCGACGAUGACAAUGAGAAGGAGAGGGAGCGGGCCGAGCAGAGGCACAGCUUUUGCGCGAAGGGGAGCCCGAGCGAGUUUGCGUAGAAUAAGUUUACUCGAUUUGUCUUGUCUUGUGUUUCCUGUGUUUCUUUGGGGUUUGGUGUUCCGGUUGUCUCUCCUGUUCCAUUUGUUUGAGGGGUUUUUCAUUUUCUUCUCAUUUGUUUGAUUUCAUUUGUGUUUUUUUUUUGUUUUGGGUAGGGAGUUUGUGGAUUUGUGGAUUUGAGGGGCGGACGGGGGUGGGGGCGGGAUAUCUAUUGCUGUAUUGUACAAAACAUCUGCUUGAAGUGUGCGUUUUUUGCUUUGUUUGGGGGUUCAUUUGUCUUUGGAUCGGAUGGUGGUGUGUACAGUAUAUCACCGUGCAUAAAUGUGGCGGUUGGGGUGACUGGAGUGGCUGGAGUGAUGUAAGGGGAGGGGAGUGGGAGUGGGAGGGGAGUGGGAGUGGGAGUGCGAGUGGAAGUAGCGAUAUCAAGGCUUGAAUGACAUUACACACAUGGG